GUUAUCACUAUACAUACGACAUUGGAUUAUGUAUCUGCGUAAGGCUACCAAUUCUUUUACCAUUUUACCGCUUUAGGAGAACGUAACAAGACGCGUGGAUAAUAUUGCGUCCGGUUUUUUAUAGAUGUUUCAGCCGCGUAACUAUCAUUAAAAACAGGAAAUAGGAGAUUGGGAUCCGCGAAAGAAACUGGUAUUGUGACCAAUUUGUAUGACAGUUUGAUACUCUUUAGAAAUACAAGCUUCUCAAAAACUAAUAGUUAGGAUUAACGUCUUCAAUUUGGUGGUAGUUGAAGAAAACACAAAAGUGCGAUUCAUACGAAAUUUAUCUCCCAGAGUGUUUUUCGGAUAAUCGGACAUCGGUAACCUCGGCACUACCCCUACGUCUCAAGAGACCUCGUCACCACGAUAAAUUGGCUUUCAUGGUCUGGGUAACUUGGUUCAUCAUUGCUUCUCGUCUUGGAGUAGCGAGAGCUACACUGACUUAUCCACCUGUGGACUACUGGAUCUUUUAACGUUACUAUUGGAUUAUCUGUCUGGUAGAACUUCAAGGUUUUGAAUGUCACAUAAAACAGCUUGAACAAGCCAGAAUCAAUCACAGAAUAACCGAGGACUCCCAAGAAAGAAAAGACCAGCAUGACAACAAGCUUUUAACGGUUGGAACGGACUGAAUCAACUGAAAGUAGCCAAAACCUAUUGUCGGACAGCGAUUUCUGGAUAUACACCGAUGCUCAACUGCUGGAAGUGAUGACUCGUUUAGUUUGUGAUUGUUGAUGUCAGACUGCUCAUGUCGGAUAUUGAUGAACAUGAGAAAGAGGUCCAAUACAGUGCAAAUGGCUUAAGCUACAUGUUGAUUCAUGUCAAUAUGACAUCGGUUGCUCAGGAUGACGUCACAACAUGGCCGCCCAUUCCCGUGAUUCCACCGGAAGAGAUAUGGAUAGCCGUCACAAAGGCAAUAAUAUUCGCUGUAUUGUGUGUAACGAUUAUAUCUGGUAACCUUCUGGUCUGUCUGGCCGUGAUUAGGUUCAGACGACUGAGAAAGGUUACGAACUACUUUAUUGUGUCCUUGUCCGUAGCUGACCUUUUAGUUGGCGCAUUCGUGAUGCCCUUCAGUGCAACAUACGAGGUCCUGGGCUGGUGGCCAUUCGGCGCAUUUUGUGAAUAUCAUAGCUCAUUUGACGUAACCCUCUGCUGUGCAAGCUUGUACAAUCUCUGCAUGGUGUCCGUGGACCGGUACAUCGCCAUCACGUCUCCAAUGACGUACCAAUCUCGUAUGAGGCCGAAAGUGGCAUUCAUUUUGAUAGCAGUUGUGUGGGUUGCUGCGUUUUCCACCUUCAUACCUAUGGUGCUUGGCCUCAGCAGGGAAGAAGGCUUCGAAUAUGAAUACGAUAAUCCACAUUCCUGCAAAUUUAUCAUCAACAAGACAUUCGCCUUCAUCAUCACUGUUCCGCCAUUUUAUAUACCGACUUUGUUCAUGAUUAUAGCAUAUGGACGCAUGUUUUAUAUUGCUCGUCAACAAGCAAUGCAGAUAGCAAACCUAAGCAAGGUUAUACGUCAGAACGGGGACAGUCCGGUCGGGAGCAUAUCGCUCAGAGACAGAAGUAGGUUCGCCUCGGAUCAUAAAGCACUAAGAGUUGUGAUGACAGUGAUUGGUGUAUUCCUGAUAUGCUGGAUGCCAUACUUCAUUGUGUUUCCUUACGAUACCUUCUGCCGAUGUGUGGGCAACUUGACUUGGUCCAUAGUACUCUGGCUGGGAUACGCAAACUCCAUCUUCAAUCCACUCAUCUAUGCAUUCAACAGAGAUUUUAGGGCUGCCUUCAUCGCCAUCCUACUCCGCCGAGAGCGCCUCUCCCUUCGCCAGAACUCCGAGAGUAACAUGCCAAGCCCAAGCCGCACCGACAUCGGCCGCAGGACCUAUCGAAACCAGUCCCAAGCAACUACACUAUCAGUCACCGAGCCAUUAUGACAAUUACAGAAAAAGGGUCCUGUCCUCCAGCUAUCAGCCAUGCUCACGGAUAAUGGGGAUACGGAAUUAUAACAAAUAUUGAUUUUAGACUAAUGUUACUAUUAUGAUGCAGAUAAGACACAGAGUAGAGAGAUAUCUUGACAAGUGAAUGGGUGAUGAAAUUCGAAGUUAUCGACGAUUCUGAUCCUCAGCAGAGACGCAUGCGAUGAUAUGUGGAACUAACAGACGCCUUAGUACAGUUUUAAGAUAGGCAGGUAAAUCAACAAUCCUGGCUGGACACAGUGAACCUACCGAACUAAACCUUUUCAUAUUCUGACAUAAUCAACCAAACUGUGAUACAAAAGAAUGGCUUUUCUUCUGUUCGGUCGAAACACUAUCAGACUGUAACAUGUACGGUGAUCUUUUUUCGACAUGAAACUUUUUUUUUCAGGAAAUAUCUCGAUCGAUGGACUUAUUACCUCGAUCGCUCGAGAUAAAUAACUCGAUCACCCGAGAUAAUGGGUGAUAUGAAUAAAGACUAGCAAAUGCUUUUUUCUAAAACUCCGCGUACAUUUACACUAGGCCUUUCUGUACAAAAUUGAAGUAAAAGCAUUCGCUAGUCUUUAUUCAUAUCACCCAAUAUCUCGAUCGCCCAAGUUUUUUAUUUCGAGCGGUCGAGAUAUUAUCUCGAUCGCUCGAGAUAAUAAGUCAAUCGAUCGAGAUAUUUCCUGAAAAAAAGUUUCGUGUCGGAAAAAAGAUCAUGGGAUGUCCUUUCCCAGCCACCGUAAACAUGGCUUCGGUAUAGAAUACUUUAUUCGGUAUCAAUGCAAGUAUGCGACAUAUUGACAGCAUUUAGGGUUGUUUUUGCAACACAAUUAAGUUGGAAUCAUACGUUGAAUCCGAUAGAAGCAUGCAUAUCAUCUCUGGGCACUUCCGAUGUCCUUACUUCUUCAGUUUUUCGUCCACAAUAUGACCUCUCAUGCCUGUAUGGACAACAAAUCAGUUAAGACGAAUGCGAAAAAAAGCAAUCAGUACUAAUGAGAUAUCUAUUGUCCAAGUUACAGAUGACAUGUAUUCUUGUAAAGUAGUUAUUUUCACUGCUUUUUCAUGUAAAAGCCAACAGCCAAUCAUCCAUUUGUACAUUUCAUCGGUGUUAUAAUGGUGGUUCAGCGUCUUGUCCACUUUGACUUCGUGAUUCGUGAAUCAGCCAUUCGUACAAAAAAACCGCACAAUGAUAAUUUAAUUGCCUCUUUGAUAUCUCAACUAUCCUAGACUAGUAGAACAGUAGACUGUGGAAAACUCAUUCAGUGAUUGCCUCUCUCAUAAUUGUUUAUAUGAACACGUAGAACACAAAAAUCUACUGGGGCAUGAUUAUAUCAUUAGUUGAUUAGUUGAUGCUAUGCGUUGAAGUCCUAUUUGACCUCAUUUUACAUCGGCUAGACAGGCGAAACUGACCGCAGGUCACCAUAACAAUUAAUCGUGAAGGAAUUGACACACUUCUGUCAAUAGCCGACUACGCAUCUAUAGUUCCCGUCUACGAUGUCUCUGAAUAUUCGUGAGAUUAAAGUAGCUGUUAUAACCAAAAGUGUAUAUUUUAUAUUUUCAUUGUCAUUUAGUGUCAUAAUGAUACCGUGGAUGUUGAGAAGAGUUUGUAAAUGAUAAUAGUGUUAUU